AUGCUUUCGGUAAAAAAAAAUACGAUACGAUUCAGAAUAAUUCUUCGCCUGUCAACUGUCAGGGACAACGACUGCCGACGGUCGGCUAGGUGGGUCGUACGACGACAACAUUCUUUCUACUUCUCCGAAAUGGCACAGUUUACAUCUUCACAAAGUAUGAAAGGAAAAUUGUACAAAGAAAUGGCGGAACUUACUGUUUCAAAACCAAAGCCGCAAUGGAAGGUGGAAGGACCGAUUAGGAAUUGGUUGGAGCUCCCAUCUGAUGUGAUGUCUAAUAUUCUAUACAGAAUUGGACCUAUUGAUAUACUUGAGAAUGCUCAGAAAGUUUGCACCACUUGGUGUAAAAUCUGCAAGGAUCCAGCCAUGUGGAGGGUCAUUCAUAUGAAGACAACUGUGGGACCAUUUCGGCAGGUAUGGGAAAUAUGCAGGCAUGCUGUUGAUAGAAGUCAAGGCCAGUUAGUUGAUAUCAGCAUAGUCGAUGUUGUCAAUGAUCAGCUUCUUCAAUAUGUUGCUCAUAGAUCAAGUCAGCUCAAACGGCUUGAAUUUGUAAGUCGCUAUCGUGAUUUACAUUGGAACUGGACCCAAGCUUUGAAAAAAUUUCCAAUGUUGGAGGAACUCAAUCUCUACAAAAUAAAAAUAUCAGAAGAAGCUAUUGAAGCUGCUGGCCGUUGUUGCCCAAUGCUAAAAAACACUGAAAGUGAAUCAAGAAAGUUGUAUGUUUUUGCAUGGAGGUACUGA